AUGGCUGAUUCUUUCUCUGCUGAGGAUGACGAAGUUGAUAAAGUCAUGAUUCAUCUAAUUUUUGAUGGAUGCACACUCAUUGUAGGGGUUUUGAGAGAAAUAAGAGCCACUCCACCGGCACAUUUCAUGUUCAAGAUCCAGUCUUUCUCACUCUUUUCUGAAAAUGGCUUAGAUGAGAUUAGAUCGAACAACUUGCAAGCUGGAGAGCACCAAUGGAAGUUAAAAUUGUUUCCAAAGGAAAAAUUUGAAGGUAAUGGUGAUCAUGUAUCUAUAUACCUGAUGUUGGAAAGCACAGGUGAUCUAGUAGCUGGUAAGGGUGUUGAUACCAUUUUCAAGUUCUUUUUGUUUGACCAAAUUCGAGGAAGGUAUCUUACUGUUCAAGGGAGAGCUAGACGUUUUGACAGGGUAAAAGACGAAUGGGGCUUUGCUAAGUUCAUCUCUUUAACAACUUUCGAAGACCCUACUAAUGGUUUUUUAGUUGAUGACACUUGCUAUCUUGGAGCAGAGGUGUCUGUAUUAACUGAAGGCUCGUGUAUUGGUGAAUGUCUUUCAAUAUCAAAAGUUGACCACAAUUUUUCGGGCAAAUACAAGUGGGUAAUUCAUAAAUUUUCUGAGUUAGGGGAGAAAUGUGAUUCCGAUGUAUUUACUGUUGGACGCUAUACUUGGAAGCUAGUGCUUUAUCCUGAAGGCAUCUCAAAUUAUAAAGGUUUUUGUGUCUCUUUGUUUUUGGAGUUUGCGGAUUCCAGUAAUUGCACUUCUGAGCACGAGGUGAAAGCACAUGUCGUUUUAAAAAUUAUAGACCACUACUCUAAUCAGAGUCAUAUACAGAAGAAAGGGAGCAACUGGUUUGGUGUAGGCUCACCAGCCAAAGGUUGGCAUUCCUUCAUCGAACUAAAAGAUCUCAAGGAUCGGCAGAAGGGAUAUUUAGCUCAAGAUAUAUGUAUAAUAGAAGCCGAAGUUAAACUGCUAUGUGAAACUAGUCACAAGUCUCUUUGUUGCUGA